AUGUUGGGACCUGAAAUGCUCGGAUUUGGGGUGGAAUGGAUGAAUAAUGAAGUGUCCACCGGAACAACAAUCAUGGCCACCCAGUAUGAUCGGGUUGUGGUAGUUGGUGCAGACUCUAGGACAACAACAACAACAAGCUAUAUCGCCAAUCGAGUGACACACAAAUUGACCGGGAUCACAGACUACAUCUACUGCUGCCGUUCUGGGUCUGCUGCAGACACACAAGCUGUUGCCGAUCUAGUAAAAUACCAAAUUGACUUUCACAGAAUGGAGAUGGGCAAGGAGCCGCUGGUGAAGACAGUUGCCAACAUCUUCAAGCAGUUGUGCUACGACUACAGGGAUCAGAUCACUGCAGGCAUCAUUGUUGCUGGCUGCCAUAGUAAAGAUGGGGACGGGAUGCCAUUUAUCAUUGGAGGAUCAUGCAGUUCCUAUCUCUAUGGAUAUGUGGAUGCCAAUUUCAAGCCUGCAAUGACAAAGGAGCAAAGUCUACAAUCUAGCGGUGGUAUUAUCCGUCUGGCAUCUAUAUCCACCAAAGAUGGAGUUGAGCGACAUGUUCUCACUGGCGAUAAAGUGCCUACAGUUUAUGAAGAGUAUUAA